AAAAGAUAUUGGAAAUUGAAACGCAGCCACUCCUUUUUGAAUGGAGCUGCUCAAGGUCUUCCUAAUAAAAGAGUGAACCCCAGUUUCAAGUCUCUUUUGUUGGCACUAGGAUUUGCGAGUGCCUUGGUUAGGAUGCUGCAGCAUUUCAGGCUAUUAAGAAACCUCCCGAAAUUAGCGCAUACCUACAUAUCCCCCCUCCAAAGCUUAAAUAAACAGCAGUUAAUAAGCUCACACAAUAUACUCAACUUUAAACCGAAGGCUGCUGAAAUCAAGUUUUUUCUUCCCGAUGUUGUUAGAUUGACCAAUCUCGAGAAAUGUGUGUUCGAAGCGCCUACUUUUGUGAGCGCGAUCAGAAUCAACAAACCCAUUGCAUUGCCGUCGCUACCGGAUGUCAUUCCAAUAGAACUCAAAAACGAUAUCACAGUUCGAAGGCGCAAGAUGAAAAAACACCAAAAGAAGAGACUACGUAAGCGUCAUGCAGUGUUGCUUCGAAAACUGCAGAUGAUGCGUGAGAAAAAGGAGGAAGGCAAAUUGCAACAGUUAUUAGAAUUUUGGAGAAUACGUUCAGAAGCAUGGGAUCCAUCUGAUAAAAUAAAAAAGCAGCUACAUUUUGCCAGAAGAUCCGGUUAUUACAUAGAUAUACUAAAUACUAAAGGUAGUCCAUUUUUCAAAGAAUAAAUGAUUGGCACG